AUGGUGAAAGGAUUAGAAGAAUACAUUGCUAUUCAGAUGUUGAUUGGAUUAUAUGUUACGUGUCAAGCAAUCUGGAUCAGAUAUGUGCUGGAAGAGAUUGAGUUCGAAGUGAAAAAAUCUCUGGUGGUGCAGAUCGACAACAAGUCAACCAUAAAUCUUGCGAAGAAUCCAGGUCUGCAUGGAAGGAGUAAGCAUACUGAGGCGAUAUUUCAUUUUCUUAUGGAGAAGUUACUUUUUAUGCGCAUAAAUGUUUAUAUAAACACAUGCAACGACGUUCUUAGCAUUAAGACUAAGAGAUUGAAGCAUAAGUUCUGUGUGAAAUUCUCACACAAUAAGCCACAGAAAAUGGCAUCAUUUGCAUAUAACUAUGGUUCAGUCUUUUUCUUUGUUCUCUUCUCUUUUGCUAUGCUUGACAUGCACGUAGCUAAUGAGGUUAAGGCUGUGCGAACAUUGUUCAUAUUUGGUGACUCAACUUUUGAUGUUGGAACCAAUAACUUUAUCAACUCAACUGCAAAAGCCAAUGUCCCUUAUUAUGGGGUUGAUUUUCCUUUUUCGAUUCCAACAGGAAGGUUUAGCAAUGGCCUUAACACUGCUGACCAAAUUGCUAAACAAUUUGGUUAUCAGAAGAGUCCACCACCAUUUUUGGCUUUGGAUAAAUCUCAAUAUAGUUCCAAGCUCAACAUUUUGAGGGGUGCAAAUUUUGCUUCUGCUGGAUCUGGAAUUCUUAGGCAAACAGGACACAAACAAUGGCAAGAAGUGGUUUUCCUUGAAAAGCAAGUUCAACAAUUUGCAGUGGUCCGUGAAAGUAUAAACAAACUAUUGGGAGAAUCAAAAGCUUCUAAUUUUGUUUCAAAGGCUGUGUUUCUGAUCAGUACCGGAAGCAAUGACCUCUUCGAUUUCGCAAGUAACAAAAGUGACAUUCAUUUUGGCGUAGAAGAAUAUUUCUCUAUUCUACAACUCAACUAUUUCUCUCAUAUAAGGAAUCUAUAUGAAUUAGGAGCUAGAAAGUUUGGUAUCCUAAGUGUUCCACCUAUAGGGUGUUGUCCUGCAGUAACCUCUUCCAAUGGAGGAAACUGUGUGAAGCCAUUGAAUGAUUUUGCUAUUGCAUUCUACUCAGCAACUCAAGCUGUUUUGCAAAAACUGAGUUUGGAGUUUGAAGAUUUUGAGUACUCUCUUGCAAACACUUUUGCAAUGACCACAGCCUUAUUAAACACUCCAUCUACAUUUGGGCUGAAUGAUACAAAAUCAGCAUGUUGUGGAAUUGGGAAGUUUAAUGGAGAGGGUCCAUGUGUGAAAGCCUUCAAUGCAAAUCUUUGCCCUAACCGUGAUGAUUAUUUGUUUUGGGAUUGGUUUCAUCCAACUGAGAAAGCUUCUGAGUUGGCAGCUGAGACUCUAUUUACAGGUGGGAAAGAGUUUGUGUUACCAAAAAAUUUUAGUCAGCUAAAUUGUUGA